AUGCAAUGUGAUGAAGGGGAAUUCUUGGAGAUCAUGUCACUCGUCGGUAUGCUGUCGAAGCCACUACAUGUCCGACGCUUACAACGAGCUUUAACAGAAUUCUCAAAAGAUCAAACCACCUUCAACUUGGCCGCCAUUCAACAUAUUGGCCCACCGCCAGUAUCACCGUACGCAUUGGGUGGUCCUGAUAUGUCAUUCCUCAUGCCUGCGAUCGAACUCUCCGCUGCUGUGCUCGGUACUAUGGCCACUUCUGUCACAAUCGGCGGGGCCGGCAGUUGCGCCAACGACUUCGGCCCCAGCGCUACCGUCGCAGGAGGAACCGCCAACGUGGUUCGCGGCGAACUUCUGCCGGCCUUCGGACAGGGAUCGAUUGCCGGCGAAGAGAAAGAGAGGUCGACCAGCCCUCUUUCAGUAGCUGGUGACUUUGUAUCUUUGGGAGACUACGAUCCAAGUACUGCUCUAUGCGACUCGCCAGUUUUGUCCGAUGCACAGAUCCGUCGCCUUUCGAGUUGUGCGAUGGCCAUUUGCCAAAAAAUCCCUCGACUGCCACCGAAACUCGUCCAGAAUAAGAAGCGAGUCUCAAAGGAAGUGCUUGAUCUCCUUUCUACAACUCCCGAUUCCCCUAAUCGACUCGCUGAAUAUCGCAAGUAUUCGGCUAUUUAUGGCCGAUUUGAUGCCAAACGAAAGCCGGACAAGGGCUAUUUCGUUCCAUGA